CCCCGGCCAGCCCAUUUCUCACCUCCCUAAGGCCCCCCCACAGUAGCCAAGACGCCGCGGGCCGUGCUCCGAGUGAAGAAUGGGGCGUCGAAGCUGGCCAAGCCGCAUGCUGCGGCCGAAGCCCCCGGCGGCGCCCCGGGCUCGGGGCUUUUCAUGGAGCGAUCGCAGAGCCGCCUCAGCCUCUCCGCGUCCUUCGAGGCCCUGGCCAUUUACUUCCCCUGCAUGAACAGCUUCGACGAGGAGGACGCGGAAGGAGAUGGCCGGAAACUCAAAGGUGCCAUCCAGCGGAGCACAGAAACUGGCCUUGCUGUUGAAAUGCCAAGCCGAACAAUCCGACAAGCCAGCCAUGAAUCCAUUGAGGAGAGUAUGAACAGCUAUGGAUCCGAAGGAAACUUGAACUUCAAUGGAGUUCACCUGGCAGCCACUGGGCAGUUCAGCGAUUUCCUGGGUAGCAUGGGGCCUGCGCAGUUUGUGGGUCGCCAAACAUUGGCUACUACCUCCAUGGGUGAUGUGGAAAUUGGGUUACAGGAGCGAAAUGGACAAUUAGAAGUGGACAUCAUUCAAGCCCGAGGACUGACUCCAAAGCCUGGCUCCAAAACCCUGCCAGCUGCUUACAUCAAGGCCUACCUACUAGAAAAUGGGGUGUGCAUUGCAAAGAAAAAGACCAAAGUGGCUCGCAAGUCCUUAGAUCCGCUGUACAACCAAGUGUUACUUUUCCCAGAGAGUCCACAAGGCAAAGUACUGCAGGUGAUAGUCUGGGGAAACUACGGACGCAUGGAACGCAAACACUUCAUGGGAGUUGCCCGGGUUCUUCUGGAAGAACUUGAUUUGUCAACUUUGGCAGUUGGCUGGUAUAAGCUUUUCCCGACCUCGUCGAUGGUGGAUCCUGCUACUGCUCCACUCUUACGCCAAUCCUCGCAGCUUUCCUUGGAGAGCACAGUAGGACCUUGUUGUGACAGGUCUUAAUGGGCAAGGAAGUUCCAGGGGGACUGCUUCUGUUUUUAAAAUCAUGCUGUCAAGGUUUUGUUUGCCAGAGCGCUGUCCUCGGGCGCAUUGCAUCUUUGAUCAGUCCUUGGAGGAACCUGAAGGUGAGGAUAGCCAAGUAACCUUGGACAGGAACCAAGAUGGAGGCCAAUGACCUUUCUCCAUCCAAGUAGAAAGAGCUGCAGGGCACAGGUCCUAAUUAUGAAAUCACACACACACACACACACACACACACACACACACUUUUUCGUUUCCCUUUCUCCACAGUCAUCCAUGCACCCUUGCUUCAGAUCAGUGUAAAACCUUGAAAUGUUGCAGCACCUUUUUUAAAAUCAGGGAAGAUGUUUUUCUUCUUCUUAACGCUAUUUUACAAAUUGGGGAAAGAGAGAGAGAGAGAACUUUUAGAAAAUUCUUAAGUAUUCAAAAGCAAACAUCUGACCUAAAAGAAAACAGCAGUUUCAGGGAAACUUUGUGGGUUUUAUAAACUUUCCCCACCCCCUUUAAGGCAUGGGGAGGGGUGGGAGGAACUGCAGCUACUUCUUUAGAACAAGUUCCACAGUUCUGUUUGAUGUACAAACGCCGCUGUAUUUUUUACACUGUGCCAAAUUACCAGCAGUGUCUUCUACUACAGGACUUAGGCCAACAGUACUGCUGACGCAUUUUUGUUGGAAGAACAAGAAAACACACUUUGGUCACACCAGUCGGUUCUAACGCAGAGUGCAUAGCAAGCCAAUUAGCUGGAAUGUUGCACAGAGAAUGUUGCUGAAUGCAAACUGGAAAUCUCCCAGAGAUACUUGCUAGUCCAUUGUUAGAUAUGAACAUUGCAAAACACACACACACACCAUACCUUACCUC